CCCUUCGCUAUGCUCUAAUGCUGCCGUCUCAGACCGGGGAGAGAAAGAAAUAAAUAGAAAAGGUUCGCCGCCAGAUCAGUAACACAAAGCACGGACGGAUAUCGAAGGUCACUAAGGGGCAUGAGAGGCUUGUCAGAGGCCAACGCUGUUGUGAGCUGGACCGAGCGUUGUUGACGGGGACAUGGGCCUCUUUCUCAGGGCUUCCAGCACGCGCAACACGACAAACCACCUCCCGGCUGACCGCCACACACAAGACGACAACGGCAUCAGCACUCAAAGGGACCCCGUGGGCUUCAGCCUUCUCUCCGGCGCCACACCAUCGCAGGCCCAGCACCAAGCAGCAGCAGCACAGCCGGUCUCCAACUCUUGGUAGACACUCCAAGUAGCCUUCUCUAAUGAGGAUGUCUGAAACUGUCCCUGUAAAAGAGACUAGCGACAGUAUGAGAGGCCUGGAGACAGAAGAAAACCACCCUGCACCUGCCGCCACUGACGACAGCCCAACCAAGAGCGACAGCAGGGAGCAACAUGCCGAACCACUGGCCGACAUUCAGCCACAGCCUUUACCCCAAGUACAGCCUCCACUCCAGCCACAGCCCAACAGAGACGCCAGCUUCAGCCAAGACAAGAAUGAAACUCAGGAUGAAAUUCAAAUACAGCUCACUCAGUCAUUUGACAAAGAAGAGCCGCCAACACCGACCAAAAAUGAGGAGGACAAGGAUAAGAGCAGUGACAAGCUGGAGAAGCCUGAGAAAAUGCCAAGGAAGAUGUUGUCCCGAGAUUCCAGUCAGGAAUACACAGACUCCACUGGGAUUGAUCUCCACGAGUUCUUAGUAAACACGCUGAAAAACAACCCCAGGGACAGAAUGAUGCUGCUGAAACUGGAACAGGAUAUCCUCGACUUUAUCAGUAAUAACGAAAGCCAGGAAAGAAAGUUCCCCCCAAUGACCUCCUACCACAGAAUGCUGCUGCACCGAGUUGCUGCCUACUUUGGCCUCGACCAUAACGUUGAUCAAACCGGGAAAUCUGUAAUCAUCAACAAAACUAGCAAUACGAGAAUACCUGAUCAGAAAUUUUCAGAACACAUCAAAGAUGACAAGACCGAUGACUUUCAGAAGCGGUACAUUCUCAAAAGGGACAACUCUAGCUCAGACAAAGAUGACAACAUGAUGCGGAUGCGGCUGAAGGAUGACAGAAGGAGCAAGUCCAUAGAGGAGCGAGAGGAGGAGUACCAGCGGGCCAGAGACAGGAUAUUCGCUCAAGAUGGUCCAGAUGGCUUUGCUCUUGAAAAAAGGAUACAAGAAGAUGAUGCCUGCAACAGCACUCAACAAAGACGACAAAUAUUUCGGUUAAAAAAUGGGCGCUCCACCAACAGCCGCCAGAGCAGUUCUGAAAACGAGCCAAAGUACUCUGACCCUCGGCCAUGGAGCAGCACAGACUCGGACAGCUCCAACCGCAACCUGAGGCCAGCCAUGACCAAGGCCAGCAGCUUCAGCGGCAUCUCCGUCCUCAUUCGAGGAGACAGCUCAAGCAGCAGCAAGAGCAUGGGUCGGCUCUCUAAGACUGGCCAGCCCUUUAUGAACCCAGACGGCAGCGCGGUGGUAUACACCCCCAGCUUGGCCCCCCAGCAGGGCAGGACCCAGCAGUCCCUGCCCCCACCUCCUCCCCCACCUGGCUCCCAUCAGCACCAGCCAACCAACCAUGUCCUCUCCCAGCAAGACAACCUGGGUGCCCAGUUCAGCCACAUGAGCCUGGGCCGACAGGCCUCAGGUGAGAACCGGGACGCUCAUACUGCCAUGUACCCCUCUCCCGUGGUGCUCCAGGCCCCCCCACAGCAAGCUGGCUACAUGGUCCCGCCCCCAAGCCAGCCUGUACCUGCCCCAGCCUAUUCCACCCCGGCCCCCCCGCCCGUCAACCAGCCGGUCAUGCAACAACAGGGGUACAUUCAACAACCCAUGCAGCAGAUGCAGGCCUGUUACUGUGCGCCAGGCCAAUACUCCCUCUCCAACCAGCAGUACCGACCUGUGGGCACGGUACAAUACAGCGCCCCGCAAAGCCAGCCAAUGCCCCCUCCCACACAGCAGACAGGUUACCAAACUGUGAUGCCAAAUCAACCGCAAAGCUAUCAGAGUAUGAUAGGAGUUCAACAGCCACAAAGUCAGAGCCUGGUCAGUGGCCAACAUAGCAAUAUCGGAAAUCAGAUGCAAGGCAUGAUGGUCCAAUAUCCCUCCAUGCCUUCUUAUCAGGUAUCCAUGCCCCAAGUGUCGCAGGGUGUACCACAGCAGACAUAUCAGCAGCCAAUCCUCAUCCCCAACCAGUCAAACCAAGGGCCCAUGCCUGGCUCUGGUGUCCAAGUCUACUACAGUGUUAUUACACCCAACCAACAAAACUCAAUGAGCUCCUCAGUGGGGUUCCUGCCCCCUCCAGGUUCGGAGCAGAUGCAGUUCCCGCGGCCGUCCUCUCCCUGCAGUUCCCAGCAGAUCUCUGCACAGCAGUGCUCAGGCGGUGGUAUGGUGAUGAUGCAGCUGACACUGCCCCCUGGUCAGCAGCCGCGGCCACACUCCCCUCCACAGUGGAAACACAACAAGUAUUACAGCCUGGAUCACCAGAGAGCACCCAAGUCCACAGAGCUGUCCUCCCUAGACACCUCACAGAGCAGUCCCCAGCUUGGCAGCCCCUCCACCUCUCCAGCCCAAUCACCCACACCCACUCACCUGACCAAUGUGAAGAACAUCCGUCCAGGCCUUGCCUCUGCACCCAUCAUGCAACAGUUCUCCCGACCCUUUGUGCCAGGGCAGGGUGAUGCACGGUACCCCCUGCUCGGACAGCCCCUGCAGUAUAACCCUCAGAUCCGUCCCCCUCUUCUCCACGCACCCCCCAUGGUCCCCAGUCACCAGGUGUCCAUGGGCAUGAGGCAUGGUGGUGGCCGAGGGAAGAAACAGCCAAGGAAAUCUUUGUCAACAGAUCUCAGUGUAGGUCAAACAGUGAGCGGGCAGGUUGUGGCGGUGAAUGACCUGCCAGAUAGGACAAGCUGGAGUCGGCGACAGGGUGAUGCUAUGCUGGGCGAGCUUUCUAAGGCGGGGGCCAACAUCAUCCGGCUCCCCGGACACCACCACAACUACCACCACCACCGCCGCCAGGAAAGUCAGCUAGGGGCCAAUGGUGACCAUCACCACCACCACCACCAUGCCAAACCCACUUUCCGGGCCCCUAUUGACCCUGGUUUCUCUUACGCCCUCCUGGCCACUGUCCCCUCCAGAAACCCCACUGCCCAAGGCGCCCCCCGCCAAUAUAAUGGCUCCCGUGCCACCUUCAGACUCGCAACGAGCAAGGAUCCCGGCAAACCCCCUAGUCUGGAGAGGGCCAGCUCCCAAUAGGGAGCACUGUUGUUGCAAUAGAUACAACAGCAAAGGACCUACGACUUAUCAACAACAGUGCCCCCCCCCCCUUUCAUCCUCCUCCCACCACCAGCACCCCAGUCCCCGACACUAUCAAUCCCCCCAUCCCCGCCCCCUACCACCCUGUAUUCUGUUGGUUUGAUGUAGAUGGGUUGUUUUUACAUUUGAUUUGUAGAGACUCCAGGGGAAUGUGUUGUCUUGUAAAUUCUUGCAAAUUUGAGGGAAACAAAAAAAAAGUUACAAUACAAUAUAACCCCCAUAAAUUGAACAAGAAAAGAUGGUCCUAAGUUGCCACAUGUCUGCUCUUAACGAGGAAAAGGGCAGAACAUAUCACAAUGGGCAGCCAGUUUAUUAUUUUUUUCCUGUUUUGGUUAAUUUUUUAAGUUGUGAUAUCCCCCCCCCCUUCCACGGGCUCAGCGCUCUUGCUGUGCUUUGUUGAGCACCUGCCCCAUAUCGGAGCAUCCGCCUUGUUGGCCGAACUCCACCAAAGCCCCUCCACUGACCCCUCCCCCACCCUGGGGGCAUCUUAGAUAUGGCCCACCAUCCCACCAGCCACUUCCCCAUUUGUGGUCAGAACAUCAUGGAGCUCCCCAUCACUACACAAUGGGUCUCUUGUCGUGCCUUUCUCUCCAGAGUCUACUGCUUUAUUCUUCAACAAACACACAAUGAAGACACCCCCAGUGUCUGUUGUAUGGAAAAGACCCGUUUAUUGUAAAUAAUUUAUAUAGUAGCUAAAGAAUUCAAUCGGUUCUUUUCACAGUGAACAGUACGUGUUGGUCACAGGCACAGAUGAAAAUGGAAAAAAAAGGCUUUUUUUUUGUUUGUUUGUUUGAUGACCCUGGUUUUUAACUUAAUUUAAAAAAGUUGAGUGAAAAAAGACACUCCUCCACCGACAAUAUGUUUUAGCAAUUCUCAGCUCUUAAUCUCUUUCUCUCUCUCUCGCCACACUGUCCACCUCUUUUUUUCUGGUGCAAGGCCAACAGUUUCAAGUCUGUCAUAAGAGUCUCCUUGAAUUAAACCUACUGGGUCACUGGAAAAAUGUUUGCACAUUUAUACAACUGAAUAUAUAUUAUAUCUAUAUUUUUCCUUUUCUUUCUCUCAAAGAAAACGUGUGGAUUCUGAAAGGCUGUUCAAUGCUGGUGCAAGUCAUUUUUAUUUCAGUUUGAAAACCAAUAAAUGUUUAC